AUGUCCGAACAAGCACCGAAGCCGAACACAAUGGCAGAUGUCCUUUCAAUGUUGCCAGACAAGCGCCCAGUUCAAAUUCAAAUUUUGAAUUUGAAAGCUCAUCUGACAAACACCGUUAAGACUCUCCAAAGUAGUCUUAUGGAAGAGAUGACCAAGCUCAAAGCCGAUGUCCUCAUGAACCAAGCUUCCAAUGAGAAAUGCCUGAAUGAUUUGACGGAAACCUUGCGCAUUUACGCGAGAGAGAACCGAGACCUUGCCAGACUCAUCUACCGUUUCUUCGAAGAGAUAGACGCCAUCUGGAAG